CGAGGCUGUAUCAGUCAUGGAAGGUGGGAUAAACAGGUAUUUGGGCAGUCAAUAACUAACUUCUACAUGUAAUUUAAAGACUGCCCGUUGUUUAACUCUGGCCAUGGCGCGGUCUUUAAUGUGGCAGGCAAGGUACGUUUCCUUACCUAUGAUUAAGAGCAUUCCUGUAUAUCAUGUCUAGAAUGAGCUCGAGACUUCUUUAAUGGUCUCCAAGCCUCCUGCAUCACACCCCGCAAUGCCCUCAUCCAGACGCGGAUCCUCAGUCACGUUAAUCACUCAUACCAGAAAUCCUUCUCACCUCGCACGCGCACUCUACCUUGCGCCCCAGCUUGCCCCUCACCCAAUGUUGUCGGGUGCAGCAGCAGAAGCCACAGGUGCUUUACUUGGCGUACGUCAGGUUGAUCCAUCCUACUUUUGGACUGAGGCGCGGUGGAAAGAACACAGACGUGGUCUUGGAUUACCCGAAGAUCCUGUUGAAUACCCCAGACCUGAAAUACCUGACGAUACAAAUUCAGAGACUACGGAUGUCGCCAGCCUUUCUGACGACAAAGAUAAAGAGACAUGGGAGCCUCUUGAUCUAAUGCCAACGGGUACUGUUGGUGCAGUCGCACUUGAUAUCCGAGGCUGUAUUGCCGCAGUAACCUCCACUGGCGGACGUACGAACAAACUUGUCGGUCGAGUCGGAGAUACCCCCGUAAUGGGAUCUGGUUUUUGGGCUGAAGAAUGGGAAAGGGACGGUGGAUUUUUGAAGCGCAACUGGGAUCGCCUAAGAGGCAAAUCGAAAUAUGAGGGUGUAGGCGUUUCUGGUACUGGUGAUGGAGACUACUACAUUCGCCGUGCUGCAGCUUCCAACAUCGCUCGGCGGAUGCAAUACCUCGGCGAGUCUCUGGAUGAGGCGACUCAGAACGUCAUCGAUGACCUGUUCAAGGAAGGAGGAUUGGGCGGUGUCAUUGCACUGGACAGAGAGGGAAACGUGGCUCUUCCACUGAACUGCAGUGGCAUGUAUCGCGGCGUUAUUCGUCCUGAUGGCGUACCGCUCACAGCUAUUUUCUUUGACGAACAACUUACUGAACUGACAACAAACUGCACCUGAGCGUACAUUUAUCGCUGGUUGAUAAUUUUUCUCAAUCGCAUGGCGGGACACACAUCUCUUUGAUGGGACGGUUGAUGAUUAGGACAUAUGGAAGGUAGACACAAGUGAAUUUAGAGUUCGCCUCAAAGUCAUGGACAAGAUUACUGGAACAAC